GCGCACACUCACGCGCACACACGCUGAGAUCAGUAAAUAAGGCUUGACAUCGUUUCUCUUCAGACUGAAGCCCAUGCAACGUCAAAGACCGUCGGUCUCCCAGACAAGCUGAGGACGAGGCGAACGAGAAGGCUAUGAGGACAUGGAGUCAUGUUGACUGAAAUGUGGUGGCAUGAGCUCGGGAGGAUUGUGUACCGCCAGCUGAGUAGAAAGUGAAAAUGAAUGUUUCCUCUCUUGUUGUCUCGUUUACCAUGCGGCGCCACUGAGCAGACGAAAACUUCCCUGCACAUUUGGGGUUUCCCGUGGCCUGUGGAGCCGCGAGCCGAAACUUCACCCGAUCGCCGCGGUGAACAGCCCGUUUCGCUCCUCCACCAGCACCUUGGUUUGGAAUUUUCUUUAAGAAGUUUGUGAUUUAGAUUUUUUCGCCUAUUGUGAACUGCAAAAGGACAUGAGGUCCCCGCCCCAGCCAUGGUACUGAAGAAGAAACUGUGCUUGGGAGCGUUGUUCUGUGGCAUCCUGUUUUUCAUGAUCGCCAUGUACACCAUGCCGAAGAGCGGCGUCCUUUCCGGGACGCCGCCCCCAGCCCACGGCGUGUCCAGGCCACCAGGGCAGAACCAGACGCAGCCGCGGGCCACGCCGGAAGCUGUCUGCUGCAACUCCUGCGGCUGCCGCACGUGCGUGGCCGACGCGGGCGUGUCCGAGUGGUUUGACGAGCGCUACGAACGCGACCAGCAGCCCUGCCUCACCGUGACAGACAAGAAAAUAGACCCCGCCUCUUUAAAGUGGUGGCUGAAUUUGCAACAAUCAACUGAAGGGACAAUCGAGGAAGUUAUUAAGAAGAUGUUUCAGGUGGUAUCCUCGCCGAAAGAAACGCAUCAGUUCGGCCGCUACCAGACGUGCGCCGUGGUCGGAAACUCAGGAAACUUGUUGCAGUUCAUGGAUGGAGCUUUGAUAGACUCCCAUUCCGUCAUCUUCCGAAUGAACAGAGCCAGAACUAGGGGUUACGAGCAGCAUGUGGGCAAGCGGACCACGCACCACUUUAUGUACCCGGAGAGCGCCAUGGACCUGGCGCCCAGCGUGCAGCUCGUCCUGCUGCCCUUUAAACUUCAGGACCUGACGUGGCUGACCAGUGCUCUGUCCACAGGCGAGGUGAAGAGGACGUACACAAAAGUGAAGGAGCAUGUGAAGGCAGAUAAAGAUAAGGUCAUGGUGGUGAACCCCAGCUUCUUCAAGUAUACUCACGACCGCUGGACGGAGCACCAUGGGAGAUAUCCCUCCACAGGCAUGCUGGCCAUUGUGUUCGCGCUGCACCUCUGUGACGAGGUGUCGGUGUUCGGCUUUGGGGCGGACGCGCAGGGCAACUGGCACCACUAUUGGGAAAACAACAAGUAUUCUGGAGCGUUCCGGAAAACGGGCGUGCACAACGCCGACUUUGAGAGUGAGGUCAUCAAGCGGCUGUAUGCCGAAGGCAAAAUUAAACUGUAUCCGAGGCCGAAACAGCAGGCCCCUGUGAGUCAGGAGACGUCUGGACAUACUGGCUAAAGAGCCACACACGGGCUCACCACUAUCAACUGACCACCGUCGUCUCUGCUGAACCAAACCCACUGACGACAGGCUGCGUUCUCCAGACCAAACCCACCGUCAUUCCAUCAUUAGCUGACGCAUCGGAUGUCAGGAUACUGGAUCCUAAAUCCGACCACAACAAACCCCAUGAGGAGGAUAGUAAGGAAAAACCAGAAGUGGGACAACUUCCAGCUGUUUGUGUGUGGUGGAUUUUAUCAUAAAUAUAUAUUUUUAAAUCCAUGCUGUGUCGUACCAUCUAGUCUUCUCCAGUAAUCCGCUUCUAUGUGGCCUUGGACUGACUUGAGAAAUUUCCGAAUCUUCCCUUCUUUUCCCCGUUUUUCUCCUGGUUUCCUUCUCCUUUCAGAAAAAAUAUGUUUUUCAUAUUUCAGCACAUAACGUAUAGUGUGUAUGCCACGUGGAUAUAAAAAUAUCUCAGACCGAAGUGAGAACACCUGUGGGUUUUUUUUGGUUUUUGCUCAAUGCUCUAGUUUUUCUAUCAUUUGUCUGGAUGAAUCCAACCCUUACAAGACUGUGAAAAUACCAAACCUUAACCAUUAACCCCAGUUAGAUCAUAGACGUUAUGAUUGUUUUACUUUGUGAGUUUUCUAAUCUUGCAGUGCCUUGUGUCAGAUUAUUAUUACUCUGGUCUGCCUGACCUCCAGGUGUUAAGCACAGAGUCACUAAAAUCUGACAAGGAGACUUUGCACCAUUAUGGAAGAACAGACAAGAACUUUUAUACAGACUGUACGAGUGUUCGAACAAAACUGUAUAAUGUGUAAUGCAGGUCAUUUGUGUCAUUCAAGGGCCACAGACAUUUUGUUUCCAUUAAAUUCCAAAAAACAAAUAAAUUAAAUGGCAAAUCA